AUGUUGUGGACAAGGUGGCUCGUCUUGCUGCUCUGCUGGGGGGCCACAGGCGGCGAGCAGCAGGCGGAUGAGAGGGAAGGUUUCCCGGUGGAGUCCCGGGCGGACCCCCGCAGACAGCGGUCUCCUCCACCUGUGGAGCCGUUGGACUUUGGGUUUGUACCGUCGGCGGUUUAUGAUACCCACGCUUACUACGAGCCAGGGGCCGUGGGGAUCCUCUUCCACAUGGUCCACGCUUUUCUCUACGUUGUUCAACCGAACAACUUUCCCAAAGAUCUGAUUGUUAAAGUUAUUCAGCAAAACAUGGGGGGAAUCAAAAUAGAAGAAUGGAGAAAGCCAGAAAAUGUGGUCCUGCUACUACAGUGGAUCUACUACGAAGCGGGAUUCCUCAUAUGUGGGACCAUCGGCAUCCUGUUUGUGGUGCUCACCCCCAUCAUAGGCAUGUGUUUCUGUGUGUGCCGAUGCUGUGAGAACUGCGGAGGGGAGAUGCACCAGAGACAGAGGAAGAACUUCGACUGUCAGAGAGGUUUCUACACAGCCUCGCUCAUCGCCACCUCCAUCUUCAUCGCUGUGGGAGUUCUUAUUGCCUAUGCUGCGAACCAUAAUGUCAGCCUCCAGAUUAAGAGCACUCGGCGGCUCAUUAACACCAACAUGAGAGACAUGAAGACAUUUGCUAACAACACACCUGCGCAAAUUGAUUACCUGACAGCCCAGUACACCACAGCAAAGAACAAAGUCCUGUCAGAGCUCGACAACAUUGGACCUUUGCUGGGUGGCAGGAUCCACAGUCAGCUGGAGAAAGAGGUGGUUCCCUCCCUGGACACUGCGCUGCGUAUGGCAGGAGCCAUGCGGGAGACCAAAGAAGCCCUGGAGAACAUCAGCACCUCCUUGGAGAUUCUCCAGGAAGGGACAGGGAAACUUCAGGCCAGUCUAUCAGAGGAGCGGGCGUCUCUGUCUAACACCCUGUCAGACCCCGCCUGCACUAAUGGAGCUGUCUCUCACACCUGUAACACCAUCCGCUCCACACUGUCCCAGCUGGGAAUCAAUGCUGACUACUCAAAGCUUCCAGAUGUCCGUCACGCCUUGGCCAAUGUCGACACAGUCCUGAAAACAGACCUCAGCAACAUCGUACAAAAGGGUUACACAUCCUUUAAUGACACACCAAAACUGGUUAAAGAACAAACUAAAAACAUUGUCUCAGCUUUACCUCGAGUAAAAGGCAUGCUGGAUAAGAUUGGAAUGGAGAUCAUCGGCUUCUCCAAGAUGUUCCCAGUGGAGGCGUCUCUAGCCAAUUUCACUAUUUUCUUGAACGAUGGACAGAAAAACAUUGAGUCUUUUUACCCACAGAUUGACCAGAUGGAUUUCUACAGGUGGAUUGGCUGUGUGGCAGUGCUCUGCAUGGUCGUCCUGGUCCUGGCCUUCAACAUCCUCGGACUCCUGUGUGGCACCUGCGGCUACGACAAGCAAGCUACACCAACAACGCGAGGAUGCCUUUCGAACACCGGCGGCAACUUGUUAAUGGCUGGGGUGGGCUUCUCUUUCAUCUUUGCCUGGAUCCUAAUGGGCAUGGUGACCGCCUUGUUUGUUGUUGGCGGCAACGUGGAGAAGCUGGUGUGUGAACCGCUGGCUAACAGACAGCUGUAUAAGAUCAUAGACACACCGUACCUAGUUCAUCCCGCCAAGAAGAACUUCCUUCCUGGGAUGCUGUUUCAGAAUCCAAACAUUGACUUGACUUUGGGAAGCAUGUACAGGGACUGUUAUGAGAACAAUGGUCUGUACCAUGCUCUGCAGCUAGAGACCAUGUUCAACAUCAACUCAUUCCUCAACAGAACUGUGUACAACAGGGAUCUGGCCAAAGUGUUUGACAGCGUGCAGGUUGACCUGCAGGACAUCACACUGCUGGAGCAGGCCGGCAGAGACAACCUCAUCAACUUCGCCAAUUCUGGAGUCGGACAGAUUGACUAUGAAGCCUACUUGACCGAGGUAAAUAAGGGAGUCACUGUCAUGGAUCUCCUGUCCUUCUCUACUGACCUGGAGGCUCAGGCCGACCAACUGCCACGUGGUGCUCUGGAGAAUGCACUGAAAGGACACGCCAGCAGUAUCAGACAGAUUCACAGAGAACAUGUGGUUCCAAUGGAGCAAGCAAUGAGUUCCCUGAGUCAGAGUAUCAAGCUACUGCAGAGGACGUCCAGCGACCUGCCGGUCAAGGUCACGAAUAUCCUGAGUGCCAUCGAUGCAGCAGAGUACCUCAUCACUCAUAACGCCUCUCAUGUGGUGAAACAGGAAACAAAAGGCUACAUCCAGAACUUGGUGGGAUACUUUAAACAGUACACAAACUGGGUUAAAAACUCGUUGAGCACGGAGGUGGCCCAAUGUAAACCAAUCAGUAACAUUGUGGACAGCAUGGAGAUAGUGGCGUGCAGCUUUAUACUUGAUUCAGUGAACACGUUCUGGUUCGGUCUGGGAGGCUGCUGCAUCUUUCUGAUCCCCAGCAUCAUCUUCUCCGUCAAACUGGCCAAGUAUUACAGGAGGAUGGACACGGAGGACGUCUUCGAAGACUCCUCUUAUCCGUGGCUUGUUUCACUUUGAUGUAUGUCUGCUGUCAACGCUUCCUUUCAUACUCUUCUAAGUGCCCAUUCCCUCUGUGGUACGGGACAUUUUACGGCUUCGGAUCGUCUUCAUACGUCUUUAUCAGAAAUCACACGCAUGUGCUGUCUCCCUCUGCAUGGAUCUUCAUUUCAUCAUCUCCUCUCUUUCGACUUCAUUUCCGUCGCCCUCUUUGGAUCACUCCUUCCAUUUCAGUGGAGUCUUCCCAUUCUCUUUCUCACCUGUCCACCCUCGCUCUUGUGUUGCAGUAUGGGUAAUAUAGGUAAUCAUGGUGAACAGGUGUGUGAUAUCCAUGGAGACCUCGCUGUGGUCAGGUACGGGCAGUGUCUCUGCUAGCUUGCAUGCCGCGGUCUUAAUUGGUGGAUGGGUAAUUUUGGUCCGUAUGACUGAGAGUUAGUGAAACAUUUUCUUUUGUUUAUAAGAAGAAUCCCCAUUAUGUCUGUGAGUACAUGUGUGUGUCUGUGCGUGUGCACGUAGCUCUCCCUAUGACGACACUCUGACCCGGUUCCCUCGGGCCUCUGCUCCCCCGAGCUACUCCGACUGGUGACCCAAAGGAACCUUGUCGAUGAGCGGACAAGAGAGCUGGAACUGAUAUUUCCCUCGUGGAUCACUGGAUUUGCCAGCUUUAAUUUCCACUUCUUGAAACAUUUCCAAGAACCAAAGGGAAGAACAACAACAAUCAGGAUCUCUGUGGCGAGGCCGUCCUUCCUCCCAGUACUCUGACAAGCCAUUUGACAAGGACUUGACAGCCAACUGUAAUUUAUCAAGUGUUCUCUCACACACACCAGCGUCCAGUCACAGCAGUACCGCAGCAGUCUUUUAGUGAGUCAUGACAUACAUAAUCAUCUAUCAGAGCAAUGAUUCUGCAUAGCUAGUUUUACCUGUAGAGAAUACAUUUGUUGGUUCGUACAUUAUCAGUUUUAAAAUUGGUGACACACGUGUACAUUUUUUACACUUUCAAAACUCUUGAAAGUUUUAUAUAUUUUUGUUAAUGUUGGUUUUAUAACAUGUAAGUAGUUUCUUUUUUUUGUAGCUGUAGCCCUUUCUUUUCUUUUCUUUGUCAAUACUUGUAUCAUAGCUUGCACCAUUUUGGCUCAAAACAUUUCAUCAUCCAGGGAAUUAGCAAAAAAGUUCAACAUUUUGGUUUGUAAGCUUUUUCAAUUUCUUACACAGAGUUUGAAGAGAAGAUACCUCACUGGUGUUUUCGUUACAUAACAGCUGUUAGCUUCAUUUAGCAUAAAGUGAAAGAUCACUAAGAAACGUAGCAAGAGUCUACAGCUUUGCUAGCAGUGGUGCAUUGAGGUGAAUGCUCACUUGAGCAUGAUAACCAUUAUUACAAUGCUAACAUGUUAAUGUUUAGCAGGCACAAUGAUAAGUAACCAAACCAAACAAAAUGAAACCCAAAUAAAACAAACCAAACAAAAAAGUUGACCCAUCCUGCCCAUAAGUUACUGUAGCUAGGUCAGACGAGCUUGACCAUAAGAAACAUUUGCAACGUCAGUUCCGUUUAGCCGGUUGCAGCAGUUUUUAAAAGAUGAUCACGUUCCUUCUUGCUCACCAUCUUGCUCAGCUAUAAAUGGAGAAUGUUAAAAAAAUGGGCAAAUCUUAGGGGUGGUCAGUUUAUCCUCUGGCCAUCGUCGAUAUCUGCAGCAAGUUUCAUGGUGAUCCAUUCGGUAGUUGUCACUAAAAACCAAGAAUGUCAUCUUGAUUUUGGUGCUAAAGUCCUCCAGGUACCAUAAAUGUUUACACAAAACUACAUAGCAGAGGACAAAGAAACUAGCCAUGAGCAUGGCUGGAAAUGUGAAUUUCUGAGGCAUUUCUCUUCUUCUUAUUAUUAUUAUUAUUAUUUUUUACAAACUAAACAAACAAAAUCUAAUUUAUUUGUUUCUUACAGUUGUCAAUCAUUGUACUAAUCUAAGCUAACAGUCUCUGAUCUUCUCAGCUAACUCUCUUUCCUGGAAAACAAAAAGUUCUAUGUUCCCAAAAUGUCAAGCUAUUCCUUUAACCACUAAAGGAGGAAACAUACCUAAAUUAUUUUAAAAAAUGGAGACAUGAAGAGAUGAAUCCAGAUUUUAUCUUUGUCAGUUGUUACUACAGGAGGCAAAGUGUUACCAGCUAUUCAACACACAUGAGCCACACACACCCUAACAAGGUUUUAAGACAGCUAACAAACAACAUAUUGUGUCUUAGGCAUUUCUCGCCAGACCAUUAGUGAGUUAGCUGCUUGUGGUGUCAGAGGUUGUUUAUUUGUUCUUUGACAGACCUGGGGUUGAAGAAAUAAAACUCCCAGAAUCCUCUGUGGUGUCAGAGGACGAUACACACAAAAAUAUGACAACGCAGCUGGAGUUUGUGGUGAGGGUGCAAAAAUCUGUGAAUAAAAACUUAAGACCAUUA